AGCACAUGUUGAACGAGUUACAGAUCCAGUGGAAGGAGAUAAUGCAAAUUUCACAGUGGAGGAGAAUGUUGAUUCAGGACUUGAAGUUGCAGCAUUCCGUAAACAUGUUGGUGGGCCAUCUAGCAUCCACAAUAUUUCAAGGACAACAUGUGAUGAUUUCAAAACUCAAAAGGCAAGUUUGAAAAGUAAAGUAACAACUUACACCAAAGGUUCACUCGAGAAAUAUGAAACUCGUGUGGACACAUCUUUGGGCAUUGUAAGUUAUCUUGCAUUACAAGGUGAACCAUUUCGUGGACAUAAUGAAUCCACUACUUCUUUGAACAAGGGAAAUUUUUUAGAGUUACUUGAUUGGGUCAAAGAAAGGAAUCCGGAAGUGAAGGUUGCAUUUGAUGAGCUAUGUCCUAAAAAUGCCAAAAUGACUUCUGGAAUCAUUCAAAAAGCACUUGCUAAGCAUUGUGCAAUGGCGAUCACCAAAGCAAUCAAAGAAGAGAUGGAUGGUUGCCUUUUCUCUGUUCUUAUUGAUGAGUGUCGUGAUAUUUCGGUGAAAGAACAAAUGGCCGUGGUUGUGAGGUUUUUGAGCAAAAAAGGUGAGACCAUGGAGAGGUUUUUGGGCAUUAAGCAUGUCCCAGACACAACAUCAGCAUCUUUGAAGAAGGCAUUAUUGGAGGUUUUUUCUAAACAUGGUCUGCUUGUUGCAAGACUAAGAGGGCAAGGGUAUGAUGGUGCAUCUAAUAUGAGAGGAGAAUUUAAUGGCCUUCAAAAGUUAAUUCGUGAUGAGAACCCACAUGCUUUCUAUAUUCACUGCUUUGCUCACCAACUUCAGUUGAUAGUAGUUGCAGUUUCGAGAUGUUGCAAGGGUGUUGAGGAUUUUUUCGACUAUGUGACCAUGAUUGUCAAUCUCAGCAGUUCGUCUUGUAGGAGGAAGGAUAUGUUACUUGAUAAGCAAAAGGAAGUUCUUUUGGCUAAGAUUGAGGGAGGUGAGGUGCCCACGGGAAGAGGAAAAAAUCAAGAAACAUCUUUAGUUAGACCGGGAGAUACAAGAUGGGGCUCUCAUUACAGAACUUUAUCUCGCAUUGAAUCAAUGUGGGAUGCGGUGAUAGAAGUUUUGGGCAUUGUUGAGGAUGAUGUGCGUGUUCCAUGUAGGGCAGGAGGUUUGGUUCAUCAAAUGGAGACUUUUAACUUUGUGUUCAUCCUAAAGAUGAUGUUAAAACUCCUUCGUAUGACAAAUGAUUUAUCUCUUCUAUUGCAAAAGAAGGAUCAAAAUGUUGUUCAGGCAAUGUCAUUGGUUAUGGACGUGAGAACACGUUUGAUCAAUUGGAGAAAUGAUGGUUGGGAGCCACUAUUGGAAGAUGUUAAAGCAUUUUGCAUCAAAAAUGACAUUCCAAUACCAAAUAUGGAUGACAUGUUUACAAAAUGGGGGAAAUCAAGAAAAGGUGGAAGAAACAAUGUCAUCGCUGAUCAUUUCUUCCGUGUGGACACCUUCUAUGUUGCUAUAGACUCCAUCACUACAGAGUUUGAUCAUCGUUUCAAUGAGAGAUUUAUCAUGCGGAUUUCUCUAAUUAUGAACGUGAACACAUAG